CGCCCGCGCAGACCGAGCCCCGACAAUGGAAGCGUAUAAAAUUGUGGCCACCACGUCCCAUCGGCACGUUUCGUGCUAGCCCUCGUGCUAGGGAGGUCUUCUCGCCAACCGCGCCCGCCGCUCACCCAUGGUGACCAGCUGAUCGCCGCCGCUGUCGUUCUUCCUAUCCGUCACCAUUCCUUCCAUCAACUCUCGUCUUCUCCUCCGUCAGCUUUUUAGCUCAUUUGCCAAAAUGCCUGAAGGAGUCGAGAAAGUCCGUUACCAACCAUGUGCCACCACGGUUUCCCGAUAUGCCAAGACGAUGGCACAGCCCAAUGUUGGGCUGUACAAACACCUCCGAGGCACAAGUAUUGUCAAUGGCGACCUCCAAAUGCUUUCACCCCAGGUUCGAUCUUUUGUGGAGGAAGCAGUCACACUCUGUCAACCUGAAAACAUUCACAUCUGUGAUGGAUCUGAAAACGAAAAUGCACAACUGCUUCACUUGAUGCAGCUUCAGGGAACCAUCCAACCACUUCCUAAGUACGAUAACUGCUGGUUAGCUAGAACAAAUCCUGCGGAUGUUGCACGAGUAGAGAGCAAGACCUUCAUCUCCACUCCAAACAGAAGGGAUACAAUCCCUGAUGCCAAGCCUGGUAUCAAGGGAAGUUUGGGCAACUGGAUAUCUCCUGAAGACAUGGAAAGAGCAGUUCAUCAGAGGUUUCCUGGAUGUAUGCGAGGGCGCACAAUGUACAUAGUUCCUUUUAGUAUGGGUCCUGUGGGCUCACCCCUUUCCAAGAUUGGCAUAGAAAUCACCGAUUCACCAUAUGUUGUGAGUUCCAUGAGGAUUAUGACACGUAUGGGUCUGCCUGUGCUCGAGCUUCUUGCCAAUGGUGCUGAAUUUGUAAAGUGCUUGCAUUCUGUUGGUAAUGCCUCUUUACCAUCUAGUGAAUAUCGAGGAUGGCCAUGUGAUCCAGAGAAAACUAUCAUUUUGCACAGGCCAGAGAAAAAUGAAAUAGUUUCAUAUGGCAGUGGUUAUGGAGGCAACUCCCUGUUAGGCAAGAAAUGCUUCGCUCUUCGCAUUGGUUCUACUAUUGCAAAGAGAGAAGGCUGGUUGGCAGAACAUAUGCUGAUCCUGGGCAUUACUGAUCCAGCUGGCCGGAAGAGGUAUAUUGCAGCAGCAUUUCCAAGUGCUUGUGGUAAGACCAAUCUUGCCAUGAUGAAUCCUUCCCUUCCUGGAUACAAGGUUGAAUGUGUCGGGGAUGACAUUGCUUGGAUGAAGUUUGACAAGAAUGGUCAACUCAGGGCUAUUAACCCUGAGAAUGGGUUCUUUGGAGUAGCUCCUGGCACUUCAAUGGCAACUAAUCCUAAUGCCAUGAAGACAGUUUUCCAAAACACAGUUUUUACAAAUGUAGCAGCCACCAAUGAUGGUGGUGUGUUCUGGGAAGGCUUAGAAAAUGAACUUAAUCCACAUGUGAAGGUUACUGAUUGGCAGGGCAGACCAUGGACUAAAGAUUCUGGACGACCUGCUGCUCACCCCAAUUCAAGAUUCUGUUCACCAGCUGCUCAAUGUCCUAUUAUUGAUCCUGCGUGGGAAGACCCCGAAGGGGUACCUAUUGAUGCCAUUCUAUUUGGAGGGCGCCGCCCAACUGGUGUCCCUCUUGUUUAUGAAUCUUUCAAUUGGCAACAUGGUGUGUUUCUUGGUGCUGCUAUGAGAUCCGAAUCAACUGCUGCAGCAGAACACAAGGGAAAAGUAAUUAUGCAUGAUCCAUUUGCUAUGAGACCUUUCUUUGGCUACAACUUUGGACAUUACCUUGCUCACUGGUUAAGCAUGGAAUCACGUGCUGGAGCAAAAUUGCCAAAGAUCUUCCACGUCAACUGGUUCAGAAAGAGUGAACAGGGCAAAUUCUUGUGGCCUGGAUUUGGAGAAAAUUCACGGGUCCUUGACUGGAUAUUGAGGCGUAUUGAUAAUGAAGACAUUGCUGAAGUGUCGCCCAUUGGCUACAUUCCCAAGAAAGAUUCCUUGCGAUUGGAAGGUCUGCAAGAACAUAUUGACUUAGACCAACUUUUCAGCUUGCCUAAGAACUUUUGGCAGCAGGAAGUGGAAGAUAUUGCAAAAUACUUCAGUGAACAAGUAGGAGAAGACUUGCCAUCAGCUAUUGCCCAAGAGCUGGCAGCACUUAAAGAAAGGAUCAACAAAAUGUAAAUUUCACAGCUUUAUCAACAAGACUGUCUUUUAUCAGACAUUUCCAAGUAAAAAUUGGAGAUCUCAAAGUUAUUUGUAUAUAUGUAAUGAAGAAAAGUAUUGAUAUCGAGAUAUCCAAAUGAAUUUUCAAAUUUCAGAUAUGAAAUAAUAAUAUCGUUUUUAAGUAGACCAUCUUGCAAAUGUCUUAAAUGUAUCAGAUAUUUGUAUGACAUUUAUUUUUGUAAGAGCUAUAAAUUAUUUUGUUCAGUGUUAUGUCUGCUCAUAUUACGUGCUAUGUGUUUUGUGUUGUCUAUUGUAAUUGUAACUCAACAAAACUCGAUGUUAGUUGUAUUUAUUAAAAUAUUGUGUCAUAAAAUGUACCUUUCUAUGCAGAAGUAAUUCUGUUUGAUAUCAACAGUAUGUCCAUGUUUAUUGUAAAAUACACAACUUAAAUUUUAUCAAAGUCUCUGCAAAUUAUGCUAAAAAAAUGUAAAUUUAAUAUUUUUAUACAAACAAAAUAAAGUACUUAAUUUAUAGAAACAGUG